UUCUCUGUGCAGUCAGAACUCAGAUCAACUCCUCUACUGAAGCUAAACUCUAGCUUUCACUAAGACAGAAAGGACAGACUGUGACCGGAGCAGCGAAGAAACGCUAUAAGAAGAAACCAGACUAGAGAUCAACUUGAUCAGGAGAGGUUUCUCAAGCUCAAACUCUGAGACUAAAGGAAGACUUUUUCUACGAAACUUAAGGAAAACUAGAAUCUAUUUCUCCAAGGAAGAAAAGAUGACUGCUGGGAUGAAGACGAUGAUUUUACUGCCUAUCCUGUGCAUCAUGCUCUCAAACAUGGCUGCAGGUCAGGAGUGCAGCAGCCAGUGUUCGUGCCCCUCCACCCCCCCUCAGUGCGCCCCAGGAGUGAGCCUGGUGCUGGACGGCUGUGGAUGCUGCAGGGUGUGUGCAAAACAGAUGGGGGAGCUGUGCACAGAGAAAGACGUCUGUGACCCCCACAAAGGCCUCAACUGUGACUUCGGAGCCCCCAUUAACAGACGCAUAGGAGUUUGCACAGCUCGCGAUGGAGCCACCUGCGUGUUCGGAGGCAUGGUGUACAAGAGCGGAGAGUCCUUCCAAAGCAGCUGCAAGUACCAGUGUACCUGUUUAGACGGAGCUCUGGGUUGCGUGCCUCUUUGCUCCAUGGACAUCCGCCUUCCCAGCCCUGACUGCCCCAUGCCAAGACGGGUCAAGGUCCCUGGGAAGUGCUGCGAAGAGUGGGAGUGUGAUUCUCCCAACAGACACAGCUUCAUGGGCUCUGCUUUGGCUGCCUACAGAGAGGAGGAGACCUAUGGCCCAGAUCCCUCCAUGAUGAGGGAGAACUGCCUGGUUCAGACGACCGAAUGGAGUGCCUGCUCAAAGACUUGUGGCCUUGGGAUCUCCACCAGGGUCACCAACGAUAACCGUGAAUGCCGCCUGGAGAAACAGACCCGGCUGUGUAUGGUGCGACCAUGCGAGUCACAGCUGGAGCAGAGCAUCAGGAAAGGAAAGAAAUGCAUCCGCACUCCCAGGCUCUCCAAGCCAAUGAAGUUUGAGAUCUCUGGCUGCACCACAACCAAGUCCUACAGGCCCAAGUUCUGCGGCGUAUGCCUGGACGGCCGCUGCUGCACCCCACACAGAACCACCACCCUGCCCAUGGAGUUCAAAUGCCCUGACGGACAGGUUAUGAAGAAACACAUGAUGUUCAUCAAGUCCUGCGCCUGCCACCACAACUGCCCCGGGGAGAACGACAUUUUCGAGUCCAUGUACUACAAGAAGAUGAUGGGAGACAUGGCAUGAAAAGCCACUCAAGGACAAUCGCAGCUUAAGACUUGAAAACAAACAGAACUCCAUCUCAUUUUGCAGCUCAGUAUAUAUGUUUAAUGUUUAAUUUUCUCAUUUUCUCAUUUUAAAAGUAGUCAAGACACUUGUGUAAGUGUCUGUGUGUUUCGUUUGGCUGACAUCAGCCGCAUAGACUCAGACAGAGGGUUGCAUAGCAGCUCCAAGAGAUUCCUGCACUAUAACUUGUAUGUUUGACGAACCUACUGUCAGGUUUCCGCCCAUUCCCCCUCUCGAUACCCUUUACAGACCCGUCCAUUGUACUGUAUGUGUCUCUGUACCUUAUCUAAACCAUGACACCCUCUCUAAAUGAGGUGUUUAAUAACUCCCACUCCCUCCCUCCCUCCCACCCUCCCAGCCCAGACCAGACCUACAAACUCUAAGCAGCUGUAGACGGAGCACGCAAACCAAAGCGGGCCAGUGUUCCCCUGUCCAAAUAGGUCUGAAUGUGUCCUUGUGUGUGUGUUUUUGUAUGUGUAUGUAUGUUAGCACAAGCCUGAAUGUCAGCCUUGUCUCUGCUCUCAGAGUAGAGGAAAGGUCAGAGUUUCCGCCCAGCAUGUGGAUGAGAAAGUGAGCAGCUUGCUGAGUUAAGGGUUAGAAAUGACACAGUGGGCAUGGCAAUGGCACUGAGAAAGAAAAAAAAAGACAUACUGACUUUUACUGAUUCAGGUCAGGAGGAAACCAAGGAACGGUGUCUGUUUUGUACAGAAAUAGAAGAAAAAGACUGGAAGAAUGAUUUCAUUCCUUUUUUAUUGUCGGUGUGUAAAUUAUGUAUAUAUUUGUACAGUUUAAGUUAAUUUAAAAGCCAAAUUUGUUCUGUGCUUCAAAAUGUAUCGAUAGUGUAUUUUUUACUAUUUUAUUGAGAAGUGUGACAACAAUGUUACAUGUUUUUCUUGUAGCUGAAAAUAAAAUGUUAUAUAUUUUUUAUACA